AUGCUUUCAAUCCUUCUUGCAGCGGCGCCUCUAGCCUCGCUCGUGUGUGCAUCUUUCGAUGGCAACCUGAACUACCACUCGCCUUCUCGCCGACACGAGGGCCUUGGCAUCGAUGUGCCGAAGGUCGCGAAGAGAAGCCUCAUCAAGCGGGCGACUCCGUGGGAUCCGGCUCAGCUAAGCUUCACGCACGGCGUCGCCUCUGGAGAUCCUUAUCCCGACUCUGUCAUUCUCUGGACACGCAUUGCGCCAUCUCUCGAGAACGACAGAUCGAACGUGACUGUUACGGGUAAUGUAGCUUUCUACAACCACGAGACAGAGAAGUACAUCAAGGCUUCACCUAACCCUAUUUGCGUGGACUACCGCGUUGGUACGGACGGCAACUUCUCCAGCAUUGUCGAUCAAGGCCAAGCAUACACCACUUCCGACAUCGACUUCACCGUCAAGAUUGAAGCAAAGAACCUGUCCCCAUUCACCCAGUACUACUACCAGUUCAACGUUUGUGGUAGCUCCAACAAGAGCCCACUCGGCAGGACCAAGACCAGCCCCGACGAAGACGACGAUGUUUCCAAAGUUGGUCUUGCUAUCUUCUCCUGUUCCAACUGGCAGAACGGUUACUUCAACGCGUACGGCAAUGCUGCUAGGAAAGAUCAAGUUGACUUCUUCGUUCAUCUUGGUGAUUACAUCUAUGAGUCCACCAAGGGCAAGCUCGGCCAAGACCCGCGCGCCACGAACCCGUCGCGGGAGAUCGUCACACUUUACGACUACCGAACGCGCAUUGGCCAGUAUCGCACUGAUGACGACCUUCGCCUUGCUCACCAGAACUUUGCUUGGAUUCCAACAUGGGAUGAUCAUGAGGUCGCGAACAACGGUUAUCGCGAUGGCUUUAGCGGCAUGAACAACACUGAACAAAGCUUCAAGAAGUUCGGAGGAGUGAGCGUUGACUCCAGGAAGAUGAACGCUGUUCGCGCCUACUUCGAGUGGAUGCCCAUUCGCCAGGUCGACAUGGAUGACAACCUUCGCAUCUGGCGCAACUUCAAGAUGGGCAAACUCUUUGACCUGAUCAUGCUCGACACUCGCAACUACGAUCGAUCCAUCACGACCCUGAAUUGGAACGACGACUACAUCGAGGAGCUCAAGGAUGACGCUGGCCGCUCGCUCAUGGGUAGCCGCCAGGAACACUGGUUCUACAACCAGCUGUCCGAGUCGCAUGAACGCGGUACUACCUGGAGGAUCAUUGGCAACCAGAUCAUCUUCUCCCGAAUGAACAACAGCGCAGUUUACAGCAACGAGCUGAACGCCGAUCAGUGGGACGGAUACACCGCCAACCGCAACCGCACACUUCAUCACCUUUACAGCAACGAGAUCCCGAACACUGCGUUCUUGGCUGGCGAUUCUCAUGCCAACUGGGUGUCUGAUCUUGUCUGGCUCGACGAGACCCCAUACGACCAGGCGACCGGUGCUGGUGCCAUCGGCGUCGAGUUUGCUGGCACGGCCGUUUCAUCCAGCGGUUAUGGCGCUGGCUCGCCAUCCGUCGCAUCUCGCAACCCCUUCGAUAUCAGUCUUGCGAACUUUACCGUCAAGGUUGGUGCCAACCAUCUGGAAAGGACGAACGGAACUGUAGUUGCUGCAGGCGGUCAUGUCGAGAGUGGGGCGCUCCAACGUGGUCCCACAACCCCAACCAACUUGACGCUCAACACCAUUACUGGCAUGUGGAACGUCACCGGCUUUGAGCAGAUGUUUGUUACAUACGCGUAA